AUGACGAUACCAAAGCUAGAAUUACUAGCUAUUCUCAUCGGUGUACGCGCAGCUCAGUUUGUCAUCAAACAAAUGGAAUUAGAAAAUCCAAAGGUAGUGGUAUGGUCGGACUCUCGCUGUGCACUACAUUGGAUACAAAACAACUCUCGCCUCCUACCAAAAUUUAUACAGAAUCGUGUGGAAGAAAUACAAAUGGCGAAAUUCGCAUAUCGGUAUAUCCCAAGCGAACACAAUCCAGCAGACAUUGCUACCAGAGGAACCAUUCCGACUCGUCUAAUAAGUUACGAGCCUUGGUGGAGCGGGCCCACAUGGAUCAAUGGUAAUGAACCGAAUUGGCCUCAUUGGGAAUACGACGUUCCACAAGAAGAGGAUAACGAAGAAGAUAAGAAUAUAGUAGCAACAACAACCACAGAAGAAAUCAUCAAUACAAAUCGAAUCAAUCUCCUGGAGGCAAAACGAUUCAGUAAAUGGACAAAGAUGAUAAGAACAACAGUAAGAGUACUAAAAUUUCUCAAAAAAUUAUCUAAAGGAAAAUUAACCUGGUUAAGCAGCGUAUCAGAAAGGAAUCCGAUUACACCCGAGGAUUACAAUCUCGCUGCGGAACUACUAAUAAAACAAUCCCAAUCGGAAGGUAUAACAGCAGAAGAAGUGGAAAAGUACAAUCUGCACUAUGCAGACAGGUACUGGAGAUUCCAGAGCAGACUACAAUUGCCGAACGACAGGGAAUACUCAUCCCAAACAAUAUAUCUCCCCAGACACAAUCGAAUAACAGAACUAAUUAUUCAACACCACCACGAAACGACGCAUCAUGGAGAUAUCUCUCAAACUAUUUCCAGAAUAAGAAAGCUCUACUGGAUUCCGAAAGGAAGGGCUGAAGUCAAGAAGGUGUUAAACCGCUGCAUGAGUUGCAAACGCUGGAAAGCCAAGCCAUUCAAAUUGCCACCUAUGCCAAAUUAUCCGCAAGAGCGGAUCACUGAAUCAAGAACGUUUGGACGAAUUGGCCUCGACUAUUUGGGGCCGAUUACUGUGAAGAUACAAUUGGAAAAAGCAAAGCGAUGGAUCGCCUUGUUCACAUGCUUCACCACCAGAGCGGUACAUUUGGAAAUGGUGGACGAUCUAUCAGCGGAAAGUUUCCUAACUGCAUUAAGAAGAUUUGUUGCGCGACGCGGCUAUCCCGAACUCAUUCUUUCGGACAAUGCCACCCAAUUUCAGGCAGUUUUUCAAGCCAUAAAAACGCAAGAAUCACAACUCUCUAAUUUCCUUGCUGAGAAAGGAAUCAAAUGUAAGACUAUAACACCGAGAGCACCAUGGAGCGGCGGAAUCUACGAAAGAUUAAUCGGCCUAACAAAAAGGAGUUUAAGAAGAGCUAUCGAUAGACGACUGCUUAAGGAAGGGGAACUAAUCACACUGAUUAUCGAAGUGGAAAGCAUUCUUAAUACUCGCCCCUUAACUUACGUAAAUUUCGACGACUCAAUUAUUUUGCGACCAAUAGACUUCAUCAUUCCCAAUGCUUCUUUGUCUAUACUGAAUAGCAAUAACGACAGAGAAGACGAAUUCUCACCUUAUAGUCUAACCACACAAGAAAGGUUACUUCAACACUGGUCGAAUACCCUAGAAACAUUGAAAACAUUUUGGGAGAUAUGGAAAGACGAAUACUUGAAUAGCUUAAAGGAUCGAUACCAAUUAGAACAUAAAUCUCCAAGAAAUGUAGAAAAGAGACAGCCGAUAGAAGGAGAAGUGGUACUGUUAGAUGAGCCUCAUGCACCACGUGGUACAUGGAAACUAGCAAGGAUAAAGAAAUUAAACGUAGCCAAUGAUGGGUACGUCAGGAGCGCUCAGAUCGAAACAUCGUCAGGAAAACUUCUAAAUCGACCUGUAAGCACGUUGUAUUCACUUGAAGUUACUCCAGAAGAACAGUCUACGGAGAACCCCGCGAACCCAUCAGAGAGAGCAGAACCAAUUAUCCAAAACCGAAACACCACAACUAACACGAAGAUUUCGAGUGAAAGUGCAAAAGGUCAAAUUUAA